GUUAGUGAGUCAGCGCCCUCUAGAAUAAAGGCGCUGUGUGAGUUGGGGACCAGAGUGCGCUGGUACUGGUUACCACUGGUUACUCUUUCUUACAUCUAAGGUGAUGCAUCAAGGGGAGCGGGAGAACGUCUUUAAAAUAAGUCCGUAUGCUUUUAGUUGGGCUGGUGUGAAAAUUUCAUAGAAGAAAGAAGGGCGACGAUUGUUGAUUUGAUCUUUGUCUCUCUUUCAAUAUUAGUUCUAUUAUCUCUAUAAAAAGUUUACGUAUCUGUAAUUAAUUUUUUUACCACAUUGUCAUGUUUUCCGUCGCAACUUGCCUUUAAACUCGUAAUUUCAUUACGAACCAAUGGCUCGUACCUGUCAAAGCAUGCUGUUAGCAUGUCUGUGCGCUAGUACUCGUGUGUAAAAGCGUGAUGUUUUUUAGAGAUAUUGUUUCAUAUAUUUAUUUUGUAUGCAGAAAUAAGUGAUGCAAAAUGAAUAAAACAGGUGCAAAAAUAUGUAAGGUGCGUACAGUUGCCCUUGCCAAACACACAAGCACUCAAACGUGUGAAGCAGAUUCUUUGUCGAGGCCAACGUUUAAUUGUAAAAGAUCUAUUAAAAACUUAUUUUAUAAAAGAAACGCUAGUUCAUUGAAUCCCAGGGCCACCAGGAAGUUAAUGCAGACAUUAUUUGUGAAGCCGCGAUACGAAUCAACUCCUGUAAAACCCACUGAAAAUCACGAAAAUUCUGAUACUGAUUGUGAGAUGUUGGUAGAAAAUGUGACUCCCAUUAGAACAAGAUGUAAAAGUUUCCGAAGUUUAAAUGAAGGUUCUGAUUCGUUGAAACAACAUACAAAUAGAAUGAGCAAAUCAGACAGUAAUGUUCCUUAUCAACUUUGUAGCAAUCCUACUACAAAUGAUAUGCUUUCACUUGAUGAAACAGUUUUGAAGUUUUUGGACUUGGAUGGUGUUGAAGGUCAUUUACCAAGAAUGGGCAAAGACACUACUUUAAAUACGAAUUUUGGUCACAUUCCUGGAACACCGGGUCAUUUGAUUCUUGACCCACCUGCUGAAUGUUCUCGAGUAAAUACUAUUGUAAAUGAAGCAUCAGUUGUGGUUGAACAUGUCAGUCCUUGUAGAAGUGAUGAUGCAAAAUUGCAAAUGCUGCCUCCUAUUUCAGUGCCAAAAAAUGCCAAAAAGACAUCAAAGCUCUCUCAAGUUCCAGAAAAUGGUUCUCGUGUUGCUGAUGUGCAUUUAGAUGAAUUGAACAAUAUUGAUAUUGAUAAUUGGAUUGAUGAUUCAUUUAUGGAGAGGGUGUUGAAUACAGGUGAUGACCCAGUAGAAACUGCAAAUGCAAAUAAAAAAAACCCUGUUGUUUCAAAAAGACAGUUUCAAGAUGAUCAUAAAAGACCAAUCUUGAAUAAGAAACAGAAGAAAGAUAACAACUUGACACCUGGAAGAUACGAGAACAGGCAGAAAAAAGAAAAUCCAAGGGCUUCACAAACAUUUUCAGAUUUGAAACUUGCUUCUGUAAACGAUGGAAUUUUGACUGUAAAACAGAAUUUGCCAUUGGAAGUAAUUAAAAAGGCAAGAGGUAUAGAUGAGGGGACUUACAAAGAGCAAAUUAUACAAAAUAAAAAUUCUGUCAAAGAUGUUUCUGUCAGUGACAGUAAUUCUUCAAUGUUAUCUAUUGGAGAGAAAGUACUUAGAACAUUAGUGACAAAUGCACAGAAACCUGUAGUCAGUAGACCUAAAACUUCUGAUGUUUUCUCACCUGCAGCAGAUUCGGGAAAUUUUUCAAAGCUGGGCUCAUUCUUUGGACUAUCAUCUGAAGUGAAAGUUUUGUUUGAAAAAUACAAGGGAAUAAAAAAUUUGUAUGAGUGGCAGAAGGAAUGUCUGAGCCUUAAAGCUGUGGAGGAAAAAACAAAUUUAGUGUAUGCUUUACCAACCAGUGGUGGCAAAACACUUGUUGCUGAAAUAUUGCUGUUACGUGAAUUACUGUGCUACAAGAAAAAUGUAUUGUUUGUUUUACCGUAUAUUUCUAUUGUACAAGAGAAGGUUCAUUCUCUUUCCCAAUUUGCAAUUGAUUUGGGAUUUCUUGUAGAGGAAUAUGCAGGUGGAAAAGGGCAAUACCCUCCAAAGAAGCGUCGUCGUAAACAGUCAAUUUAUGUAGCUACUAUUGAGAAAGCUCAUAGUUUAAUUAAUAGUAUGAUAGAUUCCAAAAGACUGUCAGAGAUUGGCCUCACUAUUGUGGAUGAGCUUCAUUUGCUUGGUGAAGGUGACAGAGGUGCAACUUUGGAAUGUUUACUUACCAAAUUACUUUUUUCUUCUGAAAAAAUUCAUAUUGUGGGAAUGAGUGCCACUAUUGGCAAUUUGGAGGAAGUUGCAAAAUUUCUGCGGGCAGAAAUUUAUGUGAAUAAUUUCCGACCUGUGGAAUUAAAAGAAUUUGUCAAAUGUGAAGAUUUUUUGUGGAAAGUUAAAUAUAAUGAAGAAGAAUUGCUUGAGAAAGAGAGGAAGAUAGAACCUCCUUACACUGAUUCCAUGAACAAGAUUGACCCAGAUAAAGUUUGCAGUCUUGUGUUAGAAGUUGUUCCUGAGUAUUCUUGUUUAGUAUUUUGCCCCACAAAAAACAACUGUGAGAAUGUAGCUACAUUAUUUACUAAAAUUAUGCCCAGAGAAUUAUUGGAAGUCAAAAAAGAAGAACGGAAAGCUCUUUCUCGAGCAUUGGCUAUAGAAGGGCGAGGUUCAAUUUGUUCAGUUCUUCAAAAAUGUAUACCUUAUGGAGUGGCAUACCAUCAUUCUGGCUUGACAGGGGACGAACGGCGCUUGUUGGAAGAAGCUUAUCGCGCUGGUACGCUUUGUUGCAUUUGUUGCACUUCUACUCUUGCUGCUGGAGUAAAUUUACCAGCAAAGCGUGUGAUUUUGCGAGCUCCAUUUGUUGGAAACACUUUUAUCAAUCUAAGCCAGUACAAACAAAUGAUAGGCCGUGCUGGUCGAGCUGGUUUGGAUUCUAUUGGUGAAAGUAUUCUUGUUUGUCAACAGCGUGAUAGGGAACGGGUAGGAAACCUUUUGAGAUCACGGAUGAAUAAUGUUGCUAGUCAGCUUCAUGCAUCUACAAGUCGAGGCUUGCAAUCAUUAGUUCUCAGUUCAAUUGGUUUGGGCAUUGCAAAUUGCCGUAAAGAUUUGUACAAGAUGGUUUCUCAUACACUCCUACAUGUUCAAAGUGCAAUCUUGGAAGUGAAGUCCACAGAACUUGUCGAUAAAUCUAUUGGCAGCCUUUUUAAACUAAGGGCACUGCAAGUGGAUUCAACAGAAAGUACUUCAAAUGAUAAAAAAGAAAUGAAUUCUUCAUGUGCAAAUGAAAAAGCAAACCUUUCACUUAACAUUACUCGACUGGGAGGAAAAGAGGGGCCCAACCAAGUUGGAGCAGAUGGAAGCAAGCGAGCUAAGAAACAUUUGGAUAUUGGUCGCAAUACACGCUUGAAAAUAAGCCGUUUGGGAAAAGCAUCAAUGAAAGGUCCAAUAGAUCAAGGACGAGCUAGUGAAUUGUAUAAUGAUUUAGUAAAAGCUCAAACAAAUUUUGUUUUAUUGUCAUAUUUGCAUUUAUUAUAUUUAGUUACACCAUAUGAAUUAAUGGAUCAGAUAAAACCUGACCCUGAUAUUUAUUACUAUAGUUUUCAUUGUUUGAAUAAAAAAGACCAACAGACAGCCCAUGUUAUAGGUAUUAACUUUGGUUGCGUGAUAAACAUUAAAAGAGGUAUAAAAUCAUUUCAAACUGUAGAAGAAAGGGUGGUGCAUAGGUUUUACAUUACACUCAUUCUCAAUGAUCUGUGGAAUCAGUCUGAUGUGUGGCAAGUUGCUAAGAAAUACAAUAUUCCAAGGGGCACAGUUCAAACAUUAAUGACUGCUUCAGCUACAUUUGCAUCAUGUGUACUCCACUUCUGUGAGGAAUUAAAAGAGUUCUGGGCGUUUAAAGAAUUACUGGGAGAUUUGACUCGACGUUUAUCACAUUGCUGCUCAGCAGAUCUGGUCCAGCUAAUGGAGCUUCCAGCAGUUAAAACUGGUCGUGCUAGGCAACUUUAUAAUGCAGGCUAUAAAACACUGAUUGAUAUAGCUAAUGCAAAUGCUAAUGAUCUAGUGUCUUCUAUAGACCAUUUGCCCAGAAAGAUUGCUACUCAGAUUAUUGCUGCUGCUAAGCUAUUACUUCUUUCCAAGGCUGAAAACCUGCGAGAAGAAGCAGAAGAUAUUGUAGAAGGCAUGUUCAAUAAAUCAUUUGAUAAUUAAUCUUACUUAAAACCUUAAAAGAAUCUUAAAAGAUUUAAAAUCUUAAAAGAUUUAUUCUCACUUGCGAGUCUUGGUUAUUUAAGAACUAAGAGGAAGUAGUUGAUUUUCUGAUUGAUAAUUAUUGUAAAUAGUGACUUUGAUAUUUUUGUCUGUGAUAUCAAGAGGAAUGCAUCUGUGAUUCAUAUGUUAUUAUAUAUAAAAGAUAAUUAAAAUUGAAGUUUAAUGUUCUUGGUAAAGUCAUCCACAAGUGCGCAACUACUUUACUGGGUAAGUUUAUUUGUAGUAUUCUACUUUUGUAGUGAAGAAUAUGCAGGUUACAUUUGUGAAGUUUGAAGAAUAUUUCAAUGUAGAUGACAUUUUGUAAUUCUUGCAGUACUUUUUUAUUUUUUUAAACAUUUUCAAUUUUUAUAUUUUUUUAGAAUGUGCCUUUACAUAAUAAAAUUCUUGUUUAUCUAAAUCA